AUGCCGGAUUACAGUGAUAUCCUCACUGCUCAUCAGCGAGAAGCUCUGGAUCGGUUGAUUUGUGGAGACAUGCAUGACCUUGACCCGUGCAUUGGCGACGUGAGUUGUCAGAUGCGCGUGCCCUUCAUCCUCGACGCCUACUGGAAAGUUCAUUCUCGACUGUGCGAGAGAGGGCUACUUGAUUGCAUCUAUGAAGCAAUUAAACAACCCAACGGCGACCAACAAGCGGCAAGACAUGAUGACGUUGGGAUUGUGGAAGGCCAGCUUUCAGCCUUGAGAGCCUGGCAACAGUAUGACGAUACUGUCAGGGAUAUUCGUCAACUCCUCGGCGAAAACACCAUCGAGCUGCUCGGGUUGUGCUAUUCACUUACUUUAUCCAACGCUCUCUCCUACGAUGAAUUUGGUACCUGCUUCUACUUUGUCUACUUGGGAAGCUUUGGGCCUCCGUCUCAUCAUCACGACAGCCACAGAAAGCUUGGUCCCGACAACCAGCUACCUAUACUUCGUCAGAAGCUGGCAAGCGGCAUCGUGGCGUAUUUUCAUGACGUCGUGGGGAGGCUUGUCGAGGCUAGUACACAUACAACCCGCGAAAUAAAGCAAGGGGACUUUGUAAACUACAUUGAACGGCAACUGUAUGAAGCAGUCCACCGGCUGUCAUCCAGAAUCGAACAGCAACAUCCACAUGCGGACAGCAUUCCAUUAGUUGCCUGUCAACCACAGAUGAGAGUGGUUCUAUUGCAUGAGUUUGCUCGCAAGAGGCCAAUGGUUGUGACUGUUCGCCGUCUCAAAAUUGUCAAUUGUUCCGUCAAGGGACUCACCUACACUCUCAGCGAUACACGCUGCUUGUACUACACACCAAGCGAGGAAACAGGCGCUUUUGAGCUUGUCGACAGCGUUGAUACAAAAUUUCGCAACAUUCCUUGCUUAUCUUUUAAUUGCUGGAGCACAUAUCUCGACUCGCAGCCGGGACGCGGUUUGGAUUCGAGCAGUGACGCUGAGUACUUCCACGCUCUGGCUCAAAGCGACAUUUCGUGGCUUAUUAUUGCUUAUUCAAAUGUGCAUCCGCCGUUCGCAAGCAAGUCUGACGCCAAUGGUGAUGAUCUGCGUUCUACGUACGCAAGUAUUUGCGGAGCAGAGGUCAGAAGUUUUGACUACACCCGCGAGCGAUGUCAUGGAUUUGACCUGCAAAGACAACGACUUGACGAAAAACGGCCAACGUUUUUCGGGUACCUGACGGGUAUCUGGCGGCGCUGCUCCACUCACUAA